AUGGACUUCACAGACACCAAGACGGAAGCGACUACCGUCCUCCUGUUCGGACCCCAGACCUUGUCUUUCCAAGAGAAAUGGUUCCAACAGCUACGAUCAGCCAUCAACAAUGAGAAAGAGAAUCAGUGGAUGCGCCAGGUCGUUAGCGAGCUGCCUCAAUAUCUCGAAACUCUUGGACAUUCCAUCCCAAGCACUGCGUCACACUCAUCUGCAGCACUCGCCCGGAGUAUCUCCGAGUGGCUAGACUCAGAUGCCUCUCAGCCGACUAUCGAGAAGCUCCCCAACGCAAUCUUGACUCCUCUCGUUAUUCUCAGCCAUCUGGACCAGUACUCUCAAUUCGUCGAGUCAACCGCAACUGAGAACAAGCCCAGCCAGAAUCCAUGGAACGUUGAGUCCCGCUCUCUCAAGGUUCUUGGCUUUUGCACUGGCUUUUUAAGUGCGCUUGCUGUGGCUUGUGCAAAGAGCAAGGCCGACUUUCAGACCUACGGAGCCACUGCAGUGCGGCUUGGAGCUCUCAUUGGAGCCGUGGUGGACGCAGCAGACAUUGCCUCGAUAGACUCGGCUUCUUUCUCAACAGCAUGGAACUCAGUAGAACAAGAAGAAGAGUUCAAAGCCGUCAUUGAGCAUGACUCGGACGCCUAUACCUCUGUAUACUAUGAUGAGACAAGGGCAACGGUUACGACAUCUGCCGUCAAGUCAGCAAGCCUUCGUCAACAGCUCAAGCAAAAGGGUCUUGUUGCAUCUGAAAUUGGACUGCGCGGCAGAUAUCAUUGGCAGGGCCAUCGUCAGAACCUCGAAAAUCUGGUCAAGUUUACUGAGGAGCGACCUGAGUUGCAACUGCCAGAAGCCAAAUCUUUGUUGGUACCGCUUUCUUCGACAACAGACGGAGAGCCAAUAACGGAAGGUCGACUUCACCACAUCGCUCUCCGAGACAUCUUGGUGGAGCCUUGCCAGUGGUACUCGACAUUCAACAAUGUUGUUGGCGAUGGCCUUGACGAUGAGGGCUUAUCCUAUGUCAUCUUCGGCGAGGAGAAGUGCAUCCCGCCUACAAUCCUUCGCCGCAUCAACGAGCCGGUCAUCUUUAUGGCAGAUCAGAAAGAUGCCAAGAGUAAAUUGGCAGCGUUGAACAGCAGAGCUGAGUCUGAUUACGGCGAUGAUAUUGCCGUGGUCGGCAUGUCUUGCAAAGUCGCCGGCGCAGACGACGUCGAUGAGCUUUGGGACCUCAUGUGUAAAGGAGAAUCACAACAUACCGAAGUGCCUGAGUCUCGAUUCACAUUCGAUACCCAAUGGAGAGAGAAGGAUCCUAACCGGAAAUGGUUUGGAAACUUCCUCCGCGAUCAUGACUCUUUCGACCACAAAUUCUUCAAGAAGUCGCCCCGAGAGGUCUCUUCCCAAGAUCCACAGCAACGGCUGUUCCUCCAGUCAGCAUAUCAAGCUGUCGAACAGUCGGGCUAUUUCAAUCAACCGAACCCUGACAAGCGUGUCGGUGUCUUCGUCGGUCUUACGAUCGACACUGCAUGCUCAGCUUCUGCAGUAGCCAUCCAUCAAGCCUGCAGGGCGAUCCUAAGCGGCGAAUGCACCUCGUCCCUUGCAGGAGGCGUUACGAUUAUGACAAGUCCGCUUUGGUUCCAGAACCUCGCGGGUGCCACAUUCCUGAGCCCGACUGGAGCCUGUAAGCCCUUCGAUGCAAAGGCAGAUGGAUACUGCCGUGGAGAGGCGAUUGCUUCUGUCUUCUUGAAGAAGAUGAGUCAAGCAGUGGCCGACGGUGACACUAUCAUUGGAAGAGUUCGAAGCACGGCGGUGUAUCAGAACGACAACUGCACGCCUAUCUUUGUACCGAAUGCUCCGUCACUUUCGACUUUGUUCGAAGAUGUAGUCGAGAAGGCUCGACUGAGGAGAGAAGACAUCAGUCUGGUGGAGGCACACGGCACUGGAACCCCAGUCGGUGACCCUGCCGAGUAUGAGAGCAUCAGAAGAGUCUUGGGUGGACGCUCGCGCCGUACUAGUCCUUUGCACCUAGGGUCCGUCAAGGGUCUCAUUGGACACACCGAGAGCGCUUCUGGUGUGAUGGCUCUCAUUAAAGUGCUUCUGGCCCUAUACCACGGCUACGUCCCACCACAAGCAAGCUUCCAGACAUUGAGCUCAGGGGUCAAGGCUACGCCAGACGACAUGAUCGAGAUCAACAAGCAGCUUGUGCCUUGGAAGCCUGCAUACCGUGCUGCAUUGAUCAACAACUAUGGUGCAUCUGGCUCGAACGCAUCGAUGGUCAUCUCUCAAGCAUACGCUACGAGGAAAGUCACGCCGCCCGUCAUCAGCGCCGGAGAAGCUUUCUGGAUACCUGGCACCGAUGAACGGAGUCUUCGCGAGUACUGCAUCCGACUUCGAGCUUUGAUAUCAAAGCAAAAGGCGUCAUCGGAGGUUGAGGUCUCAGUGGCCAACAUCGCCUACAGCCUGGCUCGACAAUCUAACCGCACACUACCGCUCGGUCUGAUCUUCCAGUGUGCCUCUGUGCAGGAGCUGGAGAACAAGCUCACUGGCUUCGUUGACGGUAAAAUCAGUGGCGCUAUUACCACCCGACCACAGCCACGUCCAGUCAUUCUCUGCUUCGGUGGCCAAAUCUCACAGAGCAUCGGUCUCGACAAGAUGGUCUAUGAUCGAUACGGCCUUCUCCGAUCAUACUUGGACCGGUGCGACUCCAUCUUGGUGUCCCUUGGAUUUGAAAGCAUCUACCCAACUAUCUUUGAGAAGAUGCCUAUCACCGAUGUGGUCAAACUUCAGACAACCUUGUUCGCCUUCCAGUACUCAUGUGCCAAGAGCUGGAUCGACUCAGGCGUGGAAGUGUCUUCGGUUGUUGGUCACAGCUUUGGCGAAUUGACAGCCAUGUGCGUGGCCGGUGUCUUGUCUCUCAAGGAUACCAUCCGUCUCAUUGGUGCUCGUGCCCAGUUGGUCAAGGACUCCUGGGGUCCUGACUCUGGCGCCAUGAUCGCUGUCGAGGCUGAGCUUUCCGAAGUGCAUGAGCUACUUCGCAAAUUCCCUGAGACUGGAUCGAGCGAGCGAGUUCCAUCGAUUGCUUGUUACAAUGGCCCCAGAAGCUUUACCUUGGCUGGCAGUACCGCGGCCAUCAAAGCUGUUGAGGCUGCAGCCCGCUCGAUGCCAGGAAUCCGAAGCAAGGUCCUCAGCGUCGCCAACGCAUAUCACUCCACUUUGGUUGAGCCACUGGAGGAACAACUAGCUAAGCUAGCGAAGGGUAUGCUGUUCACAAAGGCGCAGCUGCACUGGGAGAGAGCAACGGAAGAGCCCACGGACACGAAGCUCACUCCAAGCUUCUUCGCCUCGCACAUGCGCCAGCCAGUGUAUGCCAAUCACGCAUUCCAGAGGCUGAACCAGAAGUUCCCUUCCGCAAUCUGGCUAGAAGCUGGCUCCAAUUCUACGAUCACCAACAUGGCAAGCAGGGCUCUUGGCCCACCGAAGACGUCUCACUUCCAGCCAGCCAACAUGUGCGGUUCCGCGGGUCUACAAAGCAUGUUGGACAUGUUCACCAAUCUGUGGAAGGAAGGUCUCUUGGUUCACCACUGGAAUCACCAUGCUUCUCAAGCUCGACUUUACGAUGUCGUUCUUCUGCCUGCGUAUCAAUUUGAGAAGUCUAAGCACUGGCUAGAGCUCAAGAAGCCGCAGCCAGUCGUCGAGGCUGCACCAGAACCAGUCAAGGAAGAGCCAUUGCCUGCUGGACUGUUCACUUUCGUUGGAUACCAGGACGAAGCCAGAUCACAUGCUCGCUUCCGAGUCAACACCAUGAUUAAGAAGUAUGAGGAGCUUGUAUCUGGACACGUCGUCGCCGGCACCGCUCCGAUCCUGCCAGCAACAGUUCAAAUCGACAUUGUCAUUGAGGCCUUGCUUAGUCUCCGCCCAGAUUUCGAGGCUUCGAAACUGCAGCCUGAGAUUCACAACGUCUCAAACCAGAUUCCCGUCUGCGUCAACCCAUCUCGAUCUGUUUGGGUCGACCUGCGUUGCACAGACUCUCACAAGUGGGACUGGGAAAUGAACAGCAAUGGUCCUGAUGGAUCUCAGAAGUUGCUCCACGUAAAGGGUCAGGUCUUGCUGCGCUCAGCCGAAGAUCCUAAGCUGUCUGCAGAGUUCGCCCGCUACGAGCGUAUGAUCAACCACAAGCGAUGCCACGAUCUCCUUCACCACGAGGACCCGGACGACAUCAUUCAGGGACGCAACAUGUACAAGACCUUUGGUGAGAUCGUCAACUACUCCACGCCAUACCAUGGCUUGCAGAAGCUGGUCGGAAAGGACGGAGAGUCCGCCGGAAGAGUUGUCAAGAAGCGUUCUACCGAUUCGUGGCUGGACGCUCAUCUGUCGGACUGCUUCAGCCAAGUUGGUGGUUUCUGGGUCAACUGCAUGACCGAUCGCAAGCCGACAGAUAUGUACAUCGCCGCUGGAUUCGAGUCCUGGGUCAGAGCACCUCAAGUCCAGCGUGUGACCUCUGAGGAAGACGAUGCGGCUGACGACAACCCCAUCUCGUGGGAUGUCAUGGCCAUCCACCAGAAGGAGUCAAGCAAGCAGUACACGACCGACAUCUUCAUCUACGACUCGGAGACGGGAGUACUGCGCGAAGUCAUCUUGGGUGUCAACUACUCACGAAUCCCGAAGUCGACCAUGACGAAAAGUCUGCUUCGACUCACUGUGAACAACCCAUCAAGCAAAGACACAGCUGCUCCGUCGAAGGCAGCCCAGUAUAGUUCGGCUGCAGCUGCUCCCGUCGCAGCUCAACCAGAGCCUGCAGUAGAGCCAAAGGUGGUUGAGAAAGCCCCCGCCAGCAAAGAGGGUGGCUCUAGGAGUCUGUCCUCCGUGAUUGAGACCCUAGGUGAGCUGACGGGUCUCGAAACCGAUGGUAUAAAACCGUCGACGAUGCUUGCGGACAUUGGCAUAGAUUCUCUAAUGGGAAUGGAGAUGUCCCACGAGCUGGAGGAAUCUCUCAAGUGCACGCUCGACAUGGAUCAGCUUGCUGACGCCACCACUAUCCAAGAUGUAGUCAACGUUGUUGCUGCAGCUCUUGGAGAGGAUGCCAUCGACGGCAAUGAGUCGACCGAUGACUCCACCAGUGAGGAGGGUGAUGCAACUGGCUUGCAGACUCCUGAGCCGAGCCCAGGGACUCCUGACACGAACCUCUCUGAUGAUGAAGCAGAAGAACUCAAGCCCGACUCUACCGCCCAUCUUCAAGUCCCAGAGACUGCCGUCUUGGAAGCAUUCGGGGAGUCGAAGCUGCUAACGGACAAGUUCAUCGAAGACUUCAAGUGCAGUGGCUACCUUGACAACAUCAACCCCAAGCAGACACAGCUAUGCAUUGCCCUCAUUGUCGAAGCAUUCGAGGAGCUCGGUUGCCCGAUCAAGUCAGCCAAGUCCGGCGAUGUUUUGGAGCGCAUUCUGUAUGCCCCCCAGCAUGGACGACUUGUGCAGUAUCUGUACGAGGUUCUGGAAACCGAUGGUCGCCUGAUCAACACAGAUGGUGACGUGAUCACCAGGACUGCCGUCAGCGUACCUUUCAAGUCGAGCAAGGAGAUCGUCGACAGCCUCGUGGCAGCCUACACCGACCACAACUUUGCCAACCGCCUCACCUACUACUGCGGCGGCUACCUUGUGGAUGUGCUUAAAGGUAAAGCUGACGGGGUCAAAGUCAUCUUUGGAAGCGAAGAGGGCCGCAACCUCGUUGCAGGCCUCUACGGCGAGUCUCUCCUGAACAAACUCUUCUACACUCAGAUGAAGGAUAUCGUCAGACGCCUGUUCUCUCGGCUUCCCUCCGGAGGCUCUGCACCGUUCAAGAUCCUUGAGAUGGGCGCGGGUACAGGUGGCACAACCCAAUAUCUCGUCCCAUUGCUGGCGGAACUGACUGCCGAGUUCAACGUGCCGGUGGAGUACACUUUCACAGACUUGUCGCCUUCGUUCGUGGCAGCUGCACGCAAGAAGUACAAAUCCUACCCAUUCAUGAAAUUCUUCGCCCACGACAUCGAGAAGCCGCCGUCGGACGCAUCCCUGGUCGGAUCACAACAUCUUGUCGUUGCAAGCAAUGCCGUUCACGCAACGCACAGCCUUCCUGUGUCGUUGAAGAACAUCCACAAGUUCCUCCGACCAGACGGAUUCGUCAUGAUGCUGGAGAUGACAAGCCAAGUCCGCUGGGUAGACAUGAUCUUUGGCCUGCUCGAAGGCUGGUGGCUAUUUGACGACGGACGUCCACACGCCCUCUCCCAUCAGUCGAACUGGGAGAAGGAACUCCACGCAGCAGGUUACGGGCACGUCGACUACACUGAUGGUCACCACCCUGAGAACACCAUCCAGCGUAUCAUCAUCGCCAAGGCGUCAGGAUCCCAGCAUGAUCGACUUCCUGUGCCGGUGAAGGCUGAAGUUAUUCAGCAGCUCGACGACACUUCGGCAAGGGAAUCUGCGGUAGAUGGAUAUGCGAAGAAGUAUACUAGCGAUUUUGUUCGGCGUUCAGCGAAUUCCCCUUCUAAAAGCGACGCUUCCUCCGUGGUCUUGGUUACUGGUGCUACUGGAAGCGUAGGCAGCCAUUUGGUCGCUCAUCUGGCCGCCCUCCCCAACAUCUCGAAGGUCAUUUGUUUGAACCGACCAUCUCGCAGCCUUGGCCCUGACGCCCGGCAACAACAGGCCUUGAAGGACCGAGGCAUCGAUAUCAGCGAAAGAGAUUUGGCCAAAUGCAUCGCCCUGGCAUCCGACACCUCCAAGCCUCGUCUUGGCCUUGCAGAAGACCAGUAUACGGAAUUGACCAAGACUGUCACCCAUGUUGUCCACAACGCGUGGCCCAUGAGCGGCAACCGACCAAUCCAACGAUUCGAGCAGCAAUUCCAAACCAUGCGCAACCUCAUUGACCUCUGCAACGAAGCAAGCAGCAACCUAUCUCGAGUCAUCUCAUUCCAGUUCAUUUCCUCCAUCGCCGUCGUCGGCCACCAUACCUUCCUCACUGGCAAGCCAAACGUACCCGAGGAAAAAGUCAAGAUCGGCUCUGUGCUGCCAAACGGCUACGGUGACGCCAAAUGGGCCUGUGAAAGAAUGCUCGACGACACACUUGGGAAACAUCCUUCGUACUUCCGCACCAUGAGCGUGAGACUCGGCCAAGUCGCCGGCAGCAGCAAAACAGGAUACUGGAACUCUCAAGAGCAUCUCAGCUUCCUGGUCAAGUCCUCACAGACACUUCGCUGUCUGCCGGAUUUCAAAGACGGCUUAUCUUGGACACCAGUCGACAUGGUAGCCGGAACGCUGUCAGACCUCCUCCUGCAGACCUCAACACAGCCUUACCCAAUCUACCACAUCGACAACCCCGUCCGCCAAUCUUGGAGCAGCAUGAUCCGCGUCUGGGCGUCUGCUUUGAAUAUCCCAUUGACGAACGUUAUCCCCUUUGAAGAAUGGGUAGCUCGUGUGCGACACUUCCCUGGCUCGGUGGAGAAAGACAAUCCUGCAUUCAAGCUGGUGGAUUUCUUGGAUGGCAACUUCUUGCGUAUGUCGUGUGGUGGGCUUUUGCUGGACACUGAUAAGUCGAGGAAGCACUCACCUACGUUGGCGGGUGUUGGGCCUGUUGCUGAUGAGGUUGCGAUUUCUUAUAUCGAUUACUGGAAGAGGAGUGGGUUUUUGCCGCAGUAA